UUGGAGCUCGAGAAGGACUAUGUGAGGUUCUAUGAUGGUGCCGGGGUUGAGGUGGCCUUUUUGACCGGCAACAACGUCUUCGGCGCGGAAUUCCAGAUAAACGGCACCGCCGGCAGCCGCUUUACCGUGACAAUUCGCGACGGAGACAAUCCACAAGUUGCCUUGACGCGCGCCAAUUACCACUUCUUCACUGACGCAUUGGCUGCAUUCGUAAGCAGGACUUCAUCGGUCACCAUUGAGCUAGCAUAUAAUGGUGAUCUGAAUGUUUCGUUUAAUAUGUAUGCAUUCUGGCGGUGCUACCUACCCGCCACCCUCGCACGCGCAGGAAAUUUGGGCGUGGAUUUGGGUAUUGUUAUCGACCUCGCCGGCGAUGAUGAGGAGGCCUUUACUGCGAUGAAAAACACGAUCAAAAUGACCAUCAGCGAGCUGAGCGUCCACCAGGAUCCGAAAAAAGUUUAUGGUGCCCGGCUGUCGCUGCAGUACCUUUCCGCUAAUGGGACUGGGGCCAAUAACAUGUUUGAGCCAUGGUCUGCAUCCGUUUCUGACGUCAUGUCCGCCCUCGAUCAGAUGCCGACUGGUAGCCCAACGGCCAAUUAUACGAGCGCUCUUUCUACUUUCCUCAACCUGAAUGGAUCGUUUUCCACAAAUUCAAGCUAUGGAGCAAGCUCGCGAAAGAAUGUCCAACUGAUCUAUGCUAUCUUUACGCAACAUGAGCCGGAUGAUAUCGCCGGCUUGAGCAAACUCAUUUCGGAUCAAAGAAACCCGGAUGUACAUGUUGUUUUUCAUUGGUUCCGGGCGACGCCCUCCGUCGACUUUCGAGCCUUGUCAGCAUACUAUCCUAACGUGGCUUACCUGCCGUAUGACCCGGCGAAUCCCUUUAAUCUCUACAACAACUAUAUCUUAACCGGGGAUACUGGGGAUCGUCAGCCAACUACUGCAACAAUCAAGCAUCGACAAAGCACCAAAACCAUCCACAUCGACGUGGCUCAGUACGAACUUGAAAUGGAAAAGGAUUAUAUUCGAUUUUUUGACUCGGAGGGAACAGAGCAAGGAAGUGUGACGGGUGGAAACGGGGGCCAAGGGCCCUCCUUCACUAUUAAUGGCUCGUCGGCCACGGUCACCUUUACCACGAACGAGUACCUCGCUUACCGCGGAGUUUACCUUUCGAUCACCCCUUAUGAA